AUGCGAUUGCUAUUUGCCAUCGCUCUCCUGGGGGCGGUUUUCGCUGAAGACGCUUGGAAAGCCGCUAAUGUUGACCGAACCAUCGAUGCCACGUCACAAAUUGUCAAGGUUUCGACAUUGUAUUCAUUUGAGAACGUUGGAAAUGGACCUCAAUCGAAAGUUUUGAUUGCUUUGUCUAAAGAAGAAUCUGCUACUCUUUCUUUCAUUUCUGCUGGAAUCGAUGGAAGCAAAGGAAAAUUGAAAAUUUCUGAAAAACCAGCCGAAAAGGAUCUUGCAGUUUACGAAGUAGACCUCCGAACUCCUGUUGCCAAGGGAGCCAAAGUUACCAUAAGAAUCAAUCUUCGUAUCACACAAGUACUUGAGCCACUCCCAUCCAAGAUUCAGCAAUCUGACAGUCAAUUUGUUGUUCUUCACACAUCUGCAUACGUUCCUUCCCUGUACGAAACUGUGACCCAAAAAACAACUAUUAGAACCACUCAAGGAGGCAAGCUUCUAUCCGCAACCACAGUUUCUCCAUCGAAACAAGAAACGGAACGUGUCAUCUACGGACCAUAUGUUAAUAUCCCAGCUUUUGAGACGAAACCAGUCAAAGUUCAUUAUGAAAAUAACUCGCCAUUCGUUAUUGCCACCAUCGUGGAAAGAUUCAUCGAGGUUUCUCACUGGGGAAACAUCGCUGUGGAGGAGUACAUUGAAUUGGUUCACAAGGGAGCUGAGCUUGAUGGUCCAUUCUCAAGAAUCGAUUACCAAAUGGACCGUCGUGGACGUCGCCAACCAGCACUCCAACAGUUUACCACAGUUCUUCCUGCUCAAGCUAAAGAUAUCUAUUAUCGUGAUGAGAUCGGAAACAUUUCUACAUCCGCUGUACGAAUCCGUGCUGACAGCGUUGACGUUGAGAUUCGUCCACGAUUCCCACUCUUUGGAGGAUGGAAGACGUCGUAUGUCAUCGGAUACAAUUUGCCAUCGGAAGAGUAUUUGUACAGCAAAGGAAAUCAGUAUGCUCUCAAAACAAAGUUGUUCGAUCAUGUGUUCAAUGAUAUUGUUGUAGAGAAAUUGCGCACUAAAGUUCUUCUUCCAGAACAUGUCAAGCGUGUAAAGGUGGCCACUCCAUAUGCUGUUGACAGAAGACCAGAGGAGCUCAAGCCAACAUAUCUCGAUACUACUGGACGUCUUGUUCUUGUUCUCGAGAAGGAAAACAUUGUGCCAGACCACAGUCAGUUCUUCACCGUAACCUAUGAGUUUGAAUUCGUCGACAUGCUCCGUGAGCCACUUCUUGCAUCUGCGUUCUUCUUCUCACUAUUCUUUGUGAUCAUUGUUUACUCCAGAUUUGACUUUACAAUUUCAUCGGACCCAGCAAAGGACGCCGAAGAACGAUCCCAAAUCAUCCUAGGAAACCUCGCCAAAUCUGUUGAUUCUAAGCAAUCUGCUUAUGAAGAUCUUAUUGAAGCAUCGCAGCAGUAUAAGUCUACCAAGAAUGAUGCCGAUCUUCAAGAGGCCAAGAAGACUUUCAUUGCUGCUAGAAACCAGGAAAAUUCUACGCUCACUGACAAAAUUGCGACCCUGAAAACCGAUUCCGGAGCUUCUGCUGCUGAGAAAGCGUCAGAGCUUCUGAAGUAUGACAAAACCGUUUUCGAUGCUGUUGAUAACUACUUGAAAGCUGUCGAGAAAAGCACAACAAAGACUGCUGGAACAGAAGAACAACAAUUCUUGAACAAAGUGAAAGAUGCAAGAAACCGUGCUGAUAGUGUACUCGCCUCGAUCUGAUCAAAAAUUUCAAAUGCCCCUUAAUUUAUUGUUAAAGUUUAGGCUGAAAAAUAAUUUUAUUUAUUAAAAUGUGAUUCUCUUGUCCCCUCCCCCACUCCCAAAGUUGUAAUAAUCUCCUUUAUCCCUCCACCUUUUUAUGGGUUUUCAUUGUUUUAACGUUAUUUUUCUGGGAUCCUUGAUGUUUAUAAAUUAUUUUUUCCGG